UGUACCGAAUAUUGGAUAUUUACAAAGUCCUAACCUUACAUUUUGUAAGGUAGCACGUGUGAUCCGUUAAUUACGCGGUUGCUUUUAAUUAUUAGUAAUAGUUCGUGAAUCUAUUGUUUAUUGAUAGGAGUAAAAUAUUAGCACGAUGCAACACGAUGAUGUUGUGUGGAGUAUUAUUAACAAAUCAUUUUGUUCCUUUAAAGUCAAUACUAAAACUCAAAGGUUCUGCCGAAAUGAAUAUAAUCUGACAGGAUUAUGUAGCAGAUCGUCGUGUCCUCUAGCAAACAGUCAGUAUGCAACUGUUAGGGAAGAGAACGGCAUUAUUUAUCUGUACAUGAGAACUGCUGAAAGGGUCGCGUUUCCAAAAAAUAUGUGGGAAAAGGUGAAAUUGUCAAGAAAUUUUGAGAAGGCGAUACACCAGAUCAAUGAAAACCUUUUGUAUUGGCCGGGUUUUAUAAAGUCCAAGUGUAAACAGAGAUUCUUAAAAAUAACACAAUACCUUAUUCGCAUGAGAAAGUUAAGACUUAGACGGCAGAAAAAAUUAGUGCCCCUGCAACGAAAGAUUGAAAGAAGAGAGAGGCGCAGAGAAGAAAAGGCUCUUGUUGCUGCAAGAUUAGAAAAUGCCAUCGAGAAGCAACUCAUGGAAAGGCUGAAACAGGGCAUGUACAAUGAUGUUUACAACUUCCCACAAAAGGUGUUUGACAAAGCUGUCGAAGCAGUGGAAGUUGAUAGAGAAAGCGAAGCAGAAAGUACAGAUGAGGAGGAAAGAGAACAGCAGAUUGAAAGAGAGGUGGAAGUGGAAUUGGAAGCCGAUGAAAGACAGGCUCAAAGAAAUACACAUUACAUCGAAGCUGAUAGCGAUAUAGAAGAUGAAGACGAUGACUAUGAAUUUGAAAACAUUUCAAUGGAUGAAGACAGUGAUUCGGGUCAAAAGGAAAAAGUGGAAUUAUUGGAUAGUUUUGAGUCUGACGUCACUGAUAUAGAAGAUACAUUACCAUCUACGAGUAAGAAAUCUCAUCCGAAGGGUGCAAUUAAAAAGAAUAAAGCAAAGAGUAUAACGAAAUCUCGUCCAAAAGUUGAGAUCGAAUAUGAAAUAGAGGAUGAUUCUCAACUUCAGCGGAUUCGAAAUUAAGCAAAAAUUGUAUUGAACUGUCCAAAACUGUAAUAAUGUAUCUAAUUAAAACAUUUUUUUAUAUCCCA